CUUAACGACUGAGACUUGGAAUUUCAGUGUACAUCAAUCAUUAUUCACUUGACUUUAGCCAUUUAACAUUGGACCCAAUCCAGUUGACAACCAUCCCAACAAAUCCCCACAAAAAGCCGCACCAACAAGACCGAAAUGGCAUCUGAGAAGCUUCAACCGAUCAGGGUUUGGACGUCCAAGAACGGCCCGAACCCAUGGAAAGUCCACUUUGUUCUCGAAGAGCUCGGGAUCCCCUACGAAGAAAAGUACAUUGACUUCCCCGACAUGAAGAAGCCACCCUUUGAAGCUAUCAACAUCAAUGGGCGCGUACCCGCCAUCGAGGACGACAACACGGGCAUCACGCUGUGGGAGUCCGGCGCCAUCCUCGAGUACCUUGUCGAGACGUACGACAAGGAGAAGAGGUCAAUCAGCUUCGAGCCGGGCACGGCCGACUAUUUCCACGCCAAGCAGUGGCUGCACUUCCAAAUGUCCGGUCAGGGCCCGUACUUUGGCCAGGCCAUCUGGUUUCACCGGUACCACUCCGAAGACGUGCAGAGCGCCAAGGACCGGUACGUCAAGGAGAUUCGGAGGGUUUCCUGGGUCCUGGACCGGGCUCUGGAGGGACGCGAGUUCCUGGUGGGCGACAAAUACUCCUAUGCGGAUAUUGCCUUUAUCCCCUGGUUCAAUGUCGCGUUCUACCCGUGGUAUAAUAUGAAGGUUCCUGGUGCGUUUGCGGAUCAGAUCGAUUUUGCAAAGGAGUUCCCGAACACGACCGCGUGGAUGGACAGGCUCAGAGCUAAGCCUGUCAUUGCGGAGACCUUGAAGAAGAGAGCUGCAACUCUGUAGAAGAAGAAAAAGCGUAGAUAGUAAUCCGUUACUGGAGUUAGA